AUGACAUCGACAAAGACAGAAGGCAUGUCAAUACACUUCGGGCCUUUCGAGGUCACAAAACAGGUGUUCCUCACAACACCCCAUUCGUAUGCCCUCGUCAAUCUCAAGCCCCUCAUCCCAGGCCACAUCCUCGUGUGUCCCCUAAAAUCCCACCUACGCCUUACAGACCUGUCUCCAACCGAAACGGCAGAUCUCUUCGGCACCGUCCAGCUCACGCAGCGAAUGCUGGCGCAGAAAUAUCUUCCCGAACCUGGAAACCUGCUCUCGGGGAGUUUCACCGUCGCUGUGCAGGAUGGGCCCGACUCCGGCCAGACUGUCCCCCAUUUACACGUCCACGUGAUUCCCCGUAGGAAGGGGGACGUGGGCGACAGCCCGGAUGCCAUUUACGUCAAGAUGUCUACUGAGGAUGGGAAUAUCGGUGGUGCCAUGUGGGAUCGAGAGCGUCGCCCCGCGCCCGCGGGCCGAAUGCCGAGAAUCGAGGACGCGGAUCGUAGCCCCAGGACCCAGGAGCAGAUGGAAGCCGAGGCGGACGAGUAUAAGACAAUUUUGAGAAAUCUGGGAAUAGCGUGA